UAUUGACGUCGAGCUCGGACCUUUUGUCGAGAAUUAGGCGAACAAUUGCUCGGCUAAGCGCAAGCAGGAGAUGCACGGAGUCGCAGCAUCAUUGUUUCUGUUGCCUGGGCCCUAAUGCGGCUCUCAGACAGGGGCAGCUAAGAAGCUAACCUGCUAGCUCGUGGCGGCUUGAUUGUUAUAAACACAACUCCUCAGAAAAUGGUCUCCUCCUGCAUUCCUCAUUAGAUUAAUCACCCUCCUGCUCCCCCUGGCACAAAGUAAAUCACCACCAUGAGUAUUAUUCAAGACAAGUUGGGUAAUGAGUUUUUGCGCAAUGGAGGCAUGGACCCCAAUUUCGCACCAGGUAUGCUUAUGUUCAGCCACCUGCCACCAGUCACCAGCUUUACACGCCUGGCAUCCCAGUCCGUCAUCGGCGAGCUUCCGCAAGAGAUGAUUCUGAAAAAAGAGCGAGAUUCGCCCCCAGAUCACCAGGGCUCCGUAGCUGCCAACACGGGGGGCUUCCUUCACAGCAUGGGCAUUAAACAGGAGCGGCUGAGUGAGCUGGAUUAUCGAAUGCCCCUCUAUAGCGGGGGCGGAGGAGUCGGGGUCAACUGUCCCGGAGGGGGCACAGGGAAGAACGCUACUGACAUGCCUGAUAUGUCUUUUGGAAACCAGCACCAAAAUCACCAGAACAUGCUAUUGCAUGACCUUAGCCUCAGUAAUGUUCGUAGUUUGGGAGAACAGAUUCCUGGAAGACCAGGUAAAGAGCCAAAAGAGUCCUCAGGUAGAAAAGGUAGAAGGAGCAACGGAGAUGGGCAAGGAGGCAAAGCACGGAGGAAACGCAGUGAUCCUUCAAAGGGUAUGAUGUUGGAUGGGGAUGGAGCCUGCUUAUCCCCCAACUCCAAACCACAUAUCUGUGAGCACUGCAACGCUGCCUUCCGCAGCUCCUACCACUUGCGUAGACACGUGCUCAUACACACAGGUGAGAGGCCUUUCCGAUGCAGUCAGUGUAAUAUGAGCUUCAUUCAGAAAUAUCUUCUCCAGCGGCAUGAGAAAAUUCACAGUGGGGAAAAACCUUUCAGCUGUGACCAGUGUAACAUGCGUUUUAUCCAGAAGUACCACAUGGAGCGACAUAAAAGGACACACAGCGGGGAGAAGCCUUACCGCUGCGAUACAUGCCAACAGUUCUUCUCAAGAACAGACCGGUUACUGAAGCACAAACGGACUUGUGGAGAAGCCAUAAAGAAGGUUCUAGAUCCAAACAUGCUGGAGCUCAGUGAAUCGGAGCUAGGCCAAGGCAGCUAUUCACUCUCUCAGGGAAACUCAACCACCUCGGGACGCAAGAGGGGAAAAUCUAAAAACGGCGAAGGUGGGGAACGCAAGAAGAAAAAGAAUGCCUCAGCAGCAGCUUCCUCUGGGGGGAUGGCCCGUGACCUGGGCCUACAGGACUUCAGUAUGGAGCACCCCUCAGGCUCUGAUCCAACGAUGCAGGGGCGUUCCCCCAAAUUGGUCUUUAAGAAAACCGGACGCAAAGGGCUAGACAAGGGCCUCAUGUCCCUGGAAGAUGGUGCAGAUGGACAGAAGCUGUUGGGCCAGAAGCCUGAUGCGAUGGAUCAUGCAGAGGCUUCUGCCCUCGAUAACAUGGGUCUACUUCAGGGGCCUGGGGGCAACAAGCCAGGUCCCACCACCAGCAGCAACUAUGAUGAUGCAAUGCAGUUUGUCAAAAAGCGGCGCUAUCUCCAUGCUGUCAACAAUGACUAUGGAGCUGGGUCUCUUCACAUGGCUUCCCAGGGUAACAACGUAAUUCAGGGUUCUCUGGGGCCGGAGCCCACCCUGGCCAUGCUGGACUCCUCGCCACUUGAACUCAAACACGAUAAAUCAGGCAUUCCAGACGAGGUACUGCAAAGUCUGCUCGAUCAUUACAGCCAUAAACCAGAGGGACCCCACCACGAUGUGACUUUUGACCUGUCCGACCACCCGCACCACGUGGAUCUCCAGCCAGCAGCUCCCGUCACCCCUGAAUUGGAAGAUGACUCCCCCAAUGGGGGUGACAAAACGGCAGUAAUGAGCGAGUACUCCAAAUUCCUCCUACAGGCCUUGGAGCGCACCAGCCAUAGCGGACCCUUCCCUAGCCUCGGCCCGACGGGUCCUUUCCCUCUUCUGUCCAGCAGCUCCAGCCCCACCGGCCCCCUGUUCUCAGACAAACAUGCGUACGGCUCCUCCCCUUUAGAUUGCGUCUACCCGCCCGCCGUCUCCUCUCCUCUGCCCAUUGCUCCCCCUUCGUCGGCCUCCUCUUCAUCCUCCUCAAAGUCACAUUAUGGAUUACUCGUCGGAUCCCCCUCUCAAGCGAGCUACCACCUCAGCCUAGAAUCUACCAGCCACCAGCAGCUGACUCCGUCUCAGGAGCUGACCGAGCAGCUGGAGAAGCAACACUCCCCAGGCACCUUCAACCUCCCGCCGCAGGAACUCACCACUUCCGAGGGCUCAAAGGGGCAGCAGUCGAAGACAGGAGGUAGCGGAGGGGCUUCCAACGGCUCCAGCUACCCAGACCUGUCCCCACUCAACCCUCCGAAAGAAACGACGUACCAGAUCGAGAACUUCGCCCAGGCCUUCGGCUCCCAGUUCAAGUCCGGCCGGCGAACCCCUCUGAGCUACGGCAGCGACCCGGGAGCAGAGGUGGACCACAGAAUACGGACUCCAGUGUCAGAAUUCUCAGGGUAUACCAGCUUGUUAGCUGACGUCAGCGAGCCAGUGAGUACAGGAUCAAAAACCCCAACAAGCCAAAGUUUCAGAUAAGGGUCAAACGAGGUGAAGCUCUAAGGGGGGGGCAUUUUUCAUCGCUGUCCACCGAGCCUCCACAGACGCUCCAGUUUUGUUCCUGUAGCAAAGUUUUUUUUUUUUUAUGAACACUGCCAUUAAUUGUUAAUACAAAAUGACCAGGGAGGGUCUUUUAUGGCCUCAAAAUGCAAUUUUUUAAAAGAUAUUCUCAUUUUUAUCUUGUAGUCACAUAUGUUUUUGUUAAAGAGUAGUGAUUUUUGAUAUGAACUUACCGUAGAUUUAAAUGUAAUUUAAAAAGAAAAAACAUUUAGAGGGUAGCUAUGAACAUGCUUAUUUUUUUCCUCCUUUUUCUGAACUGUUUGUGAUUUUUUUUAGCAAUCAUCAUACCAUUGUAAAGUAAUGAAUUAUGUUGAUGAUUUCAAUAAUAAUAACUUUGUGUCAGGGAAAGGCCCAGAAUUCAAAUGGCAAAAAAAAAAAAUAUAUUGUCUGUUACAAGAAACAUAUGAACUCAGGAAAAUAGGCAAAAUUGUGUAAUAAGACUUUGUAUUUUGAGAUGCAAUUAGCACAGUUUUUACAGGCGUAUUUUGAGACUACAAAGCUUUUUUUCGUUUCUUAGUUAGUUUUUUAUUUUAUUACUUGUAAGAACAACAAAAAUGACAAUACACGGUAAUGUUUGGUUUCUACUGCGCAUAGCUUUGUCGAGAUUAUGGUACUGUUGUCUCAGUGUGAAGACAUCGACAUUUCUAACAGCCGCGUCUGCAUGGAUUUCUAUCAGCUGUAGCAGAGUUGCCCGUUGUUUUUCACGCGGCUCGUUUCGUAUCUAGUUGUUUCAACAUUACUGAGUAUUGUAGCAUCAGGUGACUAAUUUCUAUCUAGAAGUAACUGUGCAGGAUGCAACGAGCAUUGAGAUGGCGAUCUUUUGAUCAUGCCGUUUAUUUAGUUGUUUUUUUUUUUAAAUAAGUCACCACUUUUCUACUCCACUCCUUGCUGUUCCUUGUGUCAAUGGAAUCAAACAAGCACUUUUUUAAACAAAUCAUUGGAAACAACAAUAACCCGUUCAAUUUGCAUAUGUGAUCGUGAUUAUUAUGCUAAUGGUUAUUGCUAUUUUUAAGAGGAGAAAACUGUGAAAGGGAGGGAGGGAGGGAGGGUUGAUGGGAGGGUCGGCCAAGUGAUUUGAUGAGGGUUUGGCCGUGGGCAUUUAAGGGUAUUUUGUGCUUUUUAUUUUGAGGGGUAGAUUAAGAGGGAUAGAAUGGGUGGGAUUUUUUUUAUUUUUAUUUCCGGUUUUUCGGGUGAUGUAAAAAGACAAUUUGCCAUAAUUUUGUUAUACAAUAUUUUGAGAGUACCUCUUUGUAUUUAAGUGUUUUUGAGAGUUGGGCUGACAUGCUGGAUCCCUUAUACGGGUAUGUUGGUUACAUACCUUUUCUAUUUAUUUACCAAUAGCAUCACUCAAACUGACUUUGUAGCAGAUCCUUUUAGGCAAAUAAUCACGGACCUAAUCCAAAUCCUUCACCUCUUUGUUUUUGUUGUUGUUUUUAUUCUUUACAAGAAGGGGUUUCAGUAACAUGGUCCAGAAAACUCCAGUUUAAUCCAUCUCCCGAACCCAAAAUGCAGCCCUGCACUCACAAGAAUAAACAAUGGCCUUCUUUGUCUUCCUUGGCUAAAGCCAAUCUGUCUGGCAGCCAGGGUUGAUAUUUAAUUUAGUUGAUUUCCUGUGACCCCCCCCUCUUUCCUUCCUUUUCCCCUGUCUGUGAGUACCACAGCUCCGCCAGAGACUUCGAAGCUGCUCAGAUCAUAUGGAACAAAGACUUACUGACCAGCAACUUCGCUCCAAACACACUAUGCUUUUAAAGAAGAGAAAAAAAAUGAGUGGAUGAGAUGGAGGGGAGAGAAAAAAAAGACAAAAAGAUUGACCUAAAUAUACCUCAUAUCAUUAAAGCGUUAAAGGAAAAAAAAGCAGGGACACGCGUUGUAUGUAGUGGACAUAUUUGUAGUAUAGGUUCGACAUAUUGUAUAAUCAUUUAACACUGCCUGUGUUUACAGUUUUAGAGCAAACGACUCAUCAAAAUGCAAAUGUAUUAUUUUUGUUUUCUGUAAAAAAAGAAACAUCCACGCCAAGCAGUGUUGAAUUAUAGAUGCCUCAUAGAACAUUCUUCUCAUUAUAUCCCUUAUUUUUGUUACUUGCCAUAAUGUGUUUUGAUAUGAUCUCUAGAAGGAUAUUGUUUACAAAAUGUACAAAAACACUAAAAAUCUGUUUUGUUUUUCCAGUUUGCAUGAAAACAUUUUUGUACUGCUUUUUUUUUUUUUUGUCACCUCAAUACCAAAUUUUUGUAGCAGAUCUUCCCCCUCUCCCCAGUUCCUGUCUUAUUUGAUCUAGAGUCCUUGUGUCAUGAUUUCCCAGGCAAUACCUGUUGAGAUGAACGGAUUUGAGAAGCCAAUAAAAACGUUUUGUUACUGAA